GAAUUAGGAUUUGGGAGUGACGCGGAUAUGAAAGCUAGUUUAUCCCUCUUUCCUUUGCAACGAAUAUUGUUUAGAUGAACUAGAUUAGUUAGCUAAAUUAUAGGGAGAAAUGAUUCUCACUGUUUAGAAACGGAAAGGAUACAGAAGGGGUAUUUGAGCGUCCUCGGAAUUCAUCUCCCAGGUUUGAGGCGUCCUCCAAAUUGGGAUAACUUUGAGGAAGUUCUUUGUAUUCAGGGAUCCGCUGAUAAGAAGACGUUAAACAUGGACUGGGGAACGGAUCUCUGGGACCAAUAUGACAUCAUCGACAAGCACACGCAAUCCGGGCUGGAACUGGUAGAGAAGUAUGUCAAGUUUGUGAAGGAGAGGACGGAGAUAGAGCAGAACUAUGCCAAGCAGCUGAGAAAUCUAACAAAGAAAUACAAUCCUAAACGAGGCUGUAAAGAGGAACAGGAAUGCAGGUUCUCAAACCACCAGUCCUUCCUGGACAUCCUGAAUGAGAUGAACGACUACGCAGGACAGAGGGAGCUGAUUGCUGAGAACAUGAUGAUGAACAUCUGCAUCGAAAUCACCAAGUACCUGCAGGAGCUCAAGAUGGAGCGCAAGACGCAUCUGUCGGAGGCCAAGAAAGCCCAGCAGAGUUUGGAGAGCACCUAUAAGCAGCUCGACAGUAGUAAGAAACGUUUUGAGAGGGAGUGGCGGGAAGCAGACAAAGCUGCUCAGUAUGCCGAGAAAACUGACCAGGACAUCAACGCCACAAAGGCCGACGUCGAGAAGGCCAAACAGCAGGCCAACAUGAGGACACACAUAGCGGAGGAGUGUAAGAACGACUACGCAGCCCAGCUGCAGAAAUACAACAAGGAGCAGAGCCAGUUCUACUUCAGCGACAUGCCUCUCAUCUUCAACAAACUCCAGGAUAUGGAUGAGAGGCGGGUGAGGAAGCUGGCGCAGGGCUACGUCUUGUUCUCAGACACGGAGAGGCACGUGAUGCCCAUUAUCGGGAAGUGUCUGGAGGGCGUCACCAAAGCGGGCACUAAUGUCAACGAGAGGAAUGACUCCAUAGCUCUUAUAGAGCAGUACAAGUCAGGCUUUGAGCGUCCUGGGGACCUGGACUUUGAGGACUACAGUCAGGGCAUCAACCGUGCCUCCUCAGACAGCAGCCUGGGCACCCUCGGUACACCCAAAGGCCCCCUGGAGCUGCUGGGCAAGAACAGGAGCAAACCGUUCUGGCUGUUCAGCAAGAAGAGUAAGCUCUCUCCCUCCCCCUCCUCACUCACCCCCUUGUCCACGCCGCCCGCCCCCUCGCCCGCUAACGGAACCCCCUCCCCCAAGUUCGGCCGGGACCCAUUGUCGUACUGUUUGAAGGAGAUCAAUAAGACAGUCAAACCCAGAAUAUCCUCCUUCCGGACCCUCGGGCGAAUGAGGCUCACUCCAGAGAGGAUCAUAGUAAUGCCCACGGUGACAGAGGACUUUGGCCAUCUCCCCCCCGAGCAGCGCAGGAAGAGGUUACAACAGAAACUAGAUGACAUUGGCAAGGAGUUGCAGAAAGAAGUGGACCAGAGUGAGGCCCUGGAGAAGAUGAAGGAUGUGUAUGAGAAGAACCCCCAGAUGGGAGACCCUGCCAGUCUGUCUCCCCAGAUCAACCAGACAGCCCAGAACAUGGAGAGACUGAGAGGAGAGCUCAACAAGUAUGAGUCAUGGUUGACAGAGGCAGGAAGGCGAGGGGACUCGAUGCUCAGGAGAGAUACGUUACCAGAGGAUGCGUUGAGCUACAGGUCUCACUCCAACAACAACGGCAGCACUCACGAACCAUACAGCCCUGACGGAACCCACUCUGAAGAAGGCACUCCAGAUCCCUCUCAGGCCAUCUACGCCGAGUUUGACGACGACUUUGAGGAGGAGGAGGAGCUUGUCGCUCCCAUCGGCCAAUGUACAGCCAUGUACAACUUCCCAGGUGCCAGCGAGGGGACCAUCACCAUGCAGGAGGGGGAGGUGUUGUCUGUAGUGGAGGAGGAUAAAGGUGACGGCUGGACCAGGGUCCGCAGGGCCAACGGGAACGAGGGCUACAUCCCAACAUCCUACGUCAGCAUCAGCCUCAGCAAGUGACCCGACACCCAUCCCACCCGCACAAGGCCUGAGGGAACGGCCAGUCAUCACUGAUGAUAAUUCCAAAAUACUGUGGCAGCUCUCUCAUGGGACCAAUCAGAAAGAGGGAAAAAAGGCACUGUGGGCGGAACCAUCUGGGUGUCCAUAAGGAGACUACUAGGGCCAAUCGAGUCGCUUUGAUUUCCUCGCUGAGAUGCGCACCCAUGAUUUCUUUCCCCUGCUGGCCAGAGAAGAUGCAGUCAAUUGGGCUUUUGGUUCCUUCUGGCUUGCACUUCUGUACCAGGUCACUAUACUUACCACAAGCCACACAUUUUCAUCGUAGUUCUCCUUGAUAUUAUCACAGUGCGGUUGUGGUUUAGUAGUGGAUAUCAUAGCAGGACUGCUGAUAUAGAUUAGAAUGCAGCACCAACCAACAUGUCCAUAUGCCCUCACCUCACUGUGGGAAGGCUUCUCCUUUUCACAGUGAGAGGGAGAGAAGUGCUGUUGUCAGGGCUGUACUGGAGCGUUUUGACAUUAGGGUUGUGGUCAGUAAGGAUAAAACGUUUUGAAACAGAGGUACUACCUGAACUUGUCCAAUGAGAACACAGUGCUACAGUGUGCCCUACUGAACAGGAGCCGGGAUUAAGAGGAAGUUUCCCUGACACAUUAGUAAGCAUAACCUGCUCUGUCUCACUCCCAUGCAGCCAGAAUGUAAACGGAUCACAUUCUUGCUCUUCGUAUUUGCGCACGGCGUUUUGGACAAAGAACAUUUUCUCAGAUAAAGGAAGUGUCUCAACACAGAUCUCUGGGCACUGCAUUUCAGUAGGAAAGCCCUGUUGACACAGCCCCACUAUUCAGAUCAGAUAUACUCACCAGUUAGCGUGACUUCAUUUUCUUGUGCUCUGCGGUAUAAAUAGAUUAGCCACCCACAAGGCCAAAGACUGCCAGUAAAGGCCCCUUACAGGGACAUGCACAUACUGAUGGCAAUAAAGAAAUGUUUCAGACAAUCACAGCCGUAGCUUCACUGCAGCUCAGAUUCAAGCCAUUGACAUAAAUGGCCUAUACGAGAGCUCUUUUAUAGCUCUCGAUUCUGAAUGGUAAAUAAUGAAUUGUUUGUAUUGAGAAUAUAAUUUAUUAAGUAUGUGUAGGUUGCUACAUUUUAAAAGAGUUCAAGUUUAAGGCAUGUUUUGGUUGAUAUCAUAGGAGUUAACUCUCAUUUGUACUUUUCCCUGCAAACACGGUGGACUGUCUGUAUCCAGAGGCGAGAUGGAUACCAAUAAAUUUGUUGCAGACAGAAUAUGUGCAACGUUAAUAAGACUAUCGUAUUUAUGUUAUAAAAUAAUAUAUUUUUUAGCUAUCACUACACCACUAUUGUCUUCUUAGCUUUUUAACCUGUUGAAUAAAGAUGUGUACCUUGGUCAGGUGAAUGUGUCCAUUUUGUCUGGGGUUUAAUAGGCGCUGCAGUUUUGAGCCACGCCGGAAUAUUCCUAAUGUAAAAACUCACUCGCACGUCCAGGUGCCUUUUCUGGUUAAAAGCAUUGUGUGUAUAUAUACCUAACAUCCAAAUGUCUUCUGUUUUUUAAGGCUAAUAAAUGUAACACACAUUUCAAAGUU